GUACUUGGGAGGUUUGACAGCUCCCUGUUUGGCAAGCUGGGACUCACAGGGAGAUGCUGUUGACUGCAAAAAUACUUGUUUUCACUCUGAGUGUUUUCCUAGGAGUGGGCACAAGUUUUGACAUUGGAUUAUCCACCAAAUGUGUAGUGAUACCCAAGGAGAUGGACAUGUGCCACGAGAUUGGGUACUCCGAAAUGAGGCUUCCCAACCUGAUGGGACACACAAGCAUGGCAGAGGUCGUCCUAAAAUCCACCACCUGGCAGCACCUGGUGCACACAGACUGUCACCCUCAUGUGAGGAUGUUCCUGUGCUCUCUGUUUGCACCCAUCUGCCUGGACACGUUCAUCCAUCCCUGUAGGAGUAUGUGUGUUGGUGUUCGGGACAGCUGUGCGCCUGUACUUGCCUGCCAUGGGCACACCUGGCCAGAAAGCCUGGACUGCAACCGGUUCCCUGCAGACGAGGACAUGUGUCUGGCAUCGCUUACAAAGGAAUACAAAUACUUGCACAAAGUCCUACCGAAGCCUGCAUGCCAGACCUGCCCAGCAGUGGAGGAACUCUUCACGCACAAAAGACUUCUCGAAGUUUUCUGUGACAGUAAUUUCGCAGUGAAAGUAAAGCUGUCCAAAAAAAGAGCAGUAAUCGGCGACCAAGAGUACAGCAUUGAAUGCCAUGUGGAAUUCAUUACCCAGGGCUCACUCUUGCCUUAUGAAACUCAGCACAUGAUACAGCAAUGGCUGCUCAUCAAUGAAAACUGUACACAGAGGAUGACUCAAACCCAUCGUCCUACGGUGUAUCUCCUUGUAGGGAAGAUUGAGGAGGGUAUCAUUUUAGUAAAUCAGAUUUAUCACUGGCAGAGGAGGGACUCCCAGCUGACUUUGGCCACUCAGAAGUGGAGGUACCAUAAAUGCUUGUAAAUAUUUAUCGUAUUACUUGUAAAAAGCUUAUUACACUUCUUACGCCGAACUUAUCUUGUAAAUAAGAAUGUACCAUAAGUGGCAUGUAAAAUCUUUGUUUCCUUUUAAACUGUAUUAUAAAUUGAACUUAGAUCCAGUGUCAUCAGGCCUACUUUCUAUAGUAUUUUAGCUAUUUGUGAAGUUUUAACUUGGUAAUCUAUGUGUAAAGUUUUGAGCUACUGCAAAAAUCUUUUGUAAUAUGUAUAAAAACUGAAAUGAAACAGUUUCAAUCCA